AGGCACAGCCCAUCACACACCACCUCAUAUCCCACCGCCACCAUGGCCCCUCACUCCGACGACCACGAUUACCACCCCAAGGAUGCGAUCAGGGCAUCCUUGAGUACCACCAUGCUCACUGGUGGAGUGGGUCUCUUCGCUUCUGCUGUUCAGAAUACCUUGACUAGAAAGAACGUCGGACCCUGGGGUGUGUUCACGAGGACUGGCGGCACAAUCGGUGUUUUCGCCGCCAUGGGAGGCACCUAUGAGUUCGUGAAGACCGCUUCCGCCAACCUUCGUCAAAAGGAAGACCACUACAACGUUGCCCUGGGAGGUUUCUUCUCCGGUGCUGUUCUGGGACUUAAGUUCCGCACCUUCCCCGCCGUCCUGGGCUACGGUGUCGGCCUCGCCGUCACCCUCGGCGCUUUCGAAUACACCGGUGGAUCGUUCUUCGGCCAGAGGCGGGACCCCAAUGUCGACGAGUUCGAGCGUCGGGAGAAGAUCAGAACGGCAUACCGAACCUCCGGGGAGGAGACCUUGGCUCAGCUGGGUGAAGGGCGCGGUAUCAAAGGCCCUGGAUAUGCCGAGAGACGGCGGGACAGAAUCAAGGAGGCAUACGGUAUCGAGAUUCCCACAUCCUCCGCUCCUGCAUCAUAGAAACGGUUUCGUUGAACAUUUCCCGCGCAGUCUUUCCAUUCCCGGUUCUUUUGUUGUGUAAAAUUAUUGCGUUACCCAGAUGCCGUUCAGCUAGCAGAUUUGGCACAUCCACCAAUGCACCUUUUUCCUAUCCG